UGGUCAAUCUCGACGUCUUAUUGCUAACGCGACUACCACCUUGCAACAGAGAAGAAAACAACAGUUUGAUAGAAAAAAAGAAAAAGGAGGAAGAAAAAAGUAAAAGAGCAAAAAGAGAAAUAAAUUAAUUAAUUAAUUCUUUAAUUAAUUAAAUAAGAAAAAAGAUAUAAAAUCGAAGAAAGAUGGUGCAGAUCAAUGGAAGGUAUCAAUACGUCUCCUCAGAAAAUUUCGAGGAAUAUCUCCGAGCUAUUGGACAGUACGAAACGGCGAAACCCUUUUUGAAUAGCCAACCGAUCAUCGAAAUCUCUCAAAAUGGUGACCAAUGGUCAGUCUCUAUUGAGAGCAAUGGCAAAACUGCUCUGACAACUUUCAAAUUAGGAGAGGAGUACGACGAGAAGAUGCCAUCUUUCAAUGGUACCCUCAAGAGUCGUACUACGAAAGAUGGUGAUAAAUUUGUGACGGAAACUAAAUUGAGUUCAGGUGUAAAAAGCGUUCGAAUUUACGAAUUUACGGAUACCGACAUGACCGUCCAUUUAACGGAGAGCAAUACAGGAGUGAAAGCAACGCGUACAUAUAAGAGACUUUAAAAUGCAUUAUUUCAACAAUUUAGUUUGAAUGAUAUAUAAAAUAACUUUCUAUUAACAUAAUGAAUAAAAUGACUUCGUAAGACUUUUA